AUGCUCAAGACAUCUGAGUCCAGGCCAGAAGAGCAUGACGAUAUUUUUCAUAUUAUCAAUCCUCAUUCUAUUGACUGGAAUACGUUGUCGAAGUGUCUAAAGGAAACCGGCCUUUCAUUCGACAUUGUACCUUUUGAAGACUGGAUCAAGAAAGUAAAGCAACAAGGUCCAUCCAAUCCAGCUUACAAGUUUGCGGACUUUAUUGAAAAGAACUUUAUGGGUACAGAAGUUCAAAAUGUUACUUUUGAAACUAUACAAACAGCAAUCAUAGCACCUAUUUUGCUAAAUACACCCAAAGUAGAUGCUGCAUUACUUGAUAAGUUUUCUUCAACAUUGGAAAGAAACAAGUUCUUUUUAAAAAGGAAUUAUUUAUUAAAAAUAAAAAAUAGCUAA